GGAACACAAUGGAAUAAAGCUGAAUACAUGGCAGGCAAGUGACUUGGGUGAAGGCAAGCUGAGCAAAGUUGUAGACUGUAGACCAUCCAAGCUAAUUGGAUGAAAAUGAUCAAACUCUCACAGCAAGAAGAGGCUGCUGAAAUCAGCAAGGACAUUGAUUAGUUGUGUCUUGGAUGGCAACUCAGCUGGCAAUUGGUCAGAUAGCACUGCAAGUAGAGCAACCUGUUUGGCGCCCUGUUUCUGCAAACACUUGGCCCAGAGACAGCCAUCGAGGCACGUUUGGCCAGAGCCACAGUCAGAGCUCCCUUAGUUUCCGUGUAGCGGCUGCGGCAGUGGCGGUGGUUGCCAGGCAUGCUCGCAAAGUGGAGGCUGUUCAGGAGCCAAACAGUGAAUCUGAAUUGGCAGAGUCGCAAGAGUCAGAGUCGCAAGAGGCAGAGACAGGCCAUGCCUCACCCAAGGCCAACAAGUGGCUGUCUCUUUUCCAACGACUUUUCAGGGAUAUGGGAGGAGUUGCCUCGAGGCCGCGGCGGGACUUCACCUACUGGAGUAUUCUGGCGGCCGCAUUUUCCUUGGCCAUUGGCAGCGACUUUCUGGGCAUCAUGCGAGCAUUGCUGAGCUUGAAUCCGGAGGCCGCGCGGGAGGCUGGAUUGGAUCAAGUCUACCCCGUCAGUGGGUUGAAGUCCUUCAGGCAGGCGGGCAGAUACCGGCUUCGAUAUCCGGGGGACUGGCUCCAGGACCAGAGUAUCGCCUUUUCCAAACAGGCACAGAUGGAGAGGCCCACCCUGAGGCAGAAGAAGCGGAUUAUUCCGGAUGCUGCUUUUGGGCCUGCGGGCGGAGGUUUGGCCUCCCCGGACACAGCCCAGAACCUCUCUGUGGUGGUGCAAGCUGUGCAGACGCAGGAUCUGCAAGCCUUGCUUGGGGAACCCCGUGAGGCCUUUCAACGGCUGUCUGCCGAGACCUUCGCGCCCGACAACUCCUGCAGGUCCGCGGAAUUGCUGUCUGCUCAGCUGUCCGCCAAGAACUACUACGAGCUCGAGUAUCGCGUCUCUCUGGCUGGCAGCGAGGGGCCUGUCAUACACUGCUGGUCGUUGGUGGCACUGCGCCCAUCAAAUCGAUUUGGUGAACUGUACACCAUGACUCUCGUGGUUCCAGAGCGAGAGGUGACUUCUGCGAACAGGCACAUUUAUGACAUGGUGUGGCAUAGCUUUGAACUUGAGUGACCGCUAUG